AUGAGUGUUGCUAGCGGUACCCCAAAAGGGGUGCCGAUGGAUAUACAAAAUGGCGAAAAUUUAGUGGCGAAGUCUGGUCAAGAUGGCCGAAAGAAAGAAAAGGAGAGUUAUGCUUACAAGCAGUGCGACAGUGGACCAUUCAAGGUUAUGGUUGAAAAAAAGGAAGAGAACGCGAAUUUCGGUAUCAACAAAAUUUCGGUCGGAUCAGUUUUGAAGCAAAACGGUUUCGCAAAGUCGGUUAUCGACAUAAAAAAGAUCGGUCGUUCGCGGGUGAUGGUGUACAUCUCCGAAUGGCAAGAAGCGAAUAGAUUAAUAAGUUGCCAAAACCUGAAAUUGAAAAAACUUAGUGCAUACAUUCCCAGAGGAUUUGUCACGGUGAAAGGUGUUAUUGCGGGCAUCCCGGAAGAAAUGGAGGAUAAUGAGGUGAUCGAUGACAUGGAGACCAACCUGGAGGUAGUGGAAGCAUUCCGCAUGCAUCGCACAACAAAAGAUGGUAAGAAAGUUCCGACUAUGAAGAUGGGAGUUGUGUUCCGUAGCAACAGGCUACCAGACUCCGUAAGAGUUUUCUCAGUUAAAGUGAAAGUGGAGCCGUAUGUUACAAAGGUGGUUAUGUGCAAUGCCUGCUUGAGGUAUGGGCACAUAGCAAAGUACUGCAAGGGCCGGAAAAGAUGCAUGAACUGCGGAGACAACCACGACAAUCAAGAGGAACAAGAAGUAUGCGUUAAAACAGCAUUAUGUGUACAUUGCAAAGGAGAACAUAAAGCAUCUGACGCAAAAUGCCCCGAACGAGGAAAACAGGAAAGGAUCAAAAGGUUGAUGGCCGUCAAAAACCUUUCAUACCAUGAGGCAAGAGAGCAAGCGGGUGUCCAAACAAGGAAUAUGUUCAGCUUGCUAAGUGUGGAAAACGAAUUUCCAACGGUGUAUGAGAGCUUCGCGAAUAUCACCAAGAAGAAGGAGGUUAAAGAACGUCAACAUCUGCAGCAAGAAGUGCGACAGGCACCUGCAAAAAAAUCAAGGGAAAUCAUCAAGAAGGUGAAGAAUAGGGACGAACAACGACAAAUCCACGACGAGCAUUGUCCUGAGAGUAGCAGGUUAACUCCGGACUCGGCUACAGGAAACAAAGAUGCAGACGGCUUUGAGCUGGUGCGACAGAAAAAGAGGAAAACCGACAAUGCCGAAAAGGAAGAAGCCAACAGAAUUUCGAUGCAACAGCACCUCGAGCUCCGUAAACGAUGGGACGAUAAGUUGAAGGAACUGGCGGGACAAAGAGAAGAGUUAAAAACCAAGGUCAACGAGACCUACAAUGAAUUGUACCUGGCACUGAACACAAAGGAUGAAGAUACGCAUCGAAAACUACUUGGAGUUCUCAACAAUCUGGGACAGACAUUAGGGUUCAUGGCUCAAGAACGAAAUAACCCAGAAGACAUAAAUGGCUAA